GACAGUUGUGUGUUAUUACCGAAUCAACACAUAAUUUCUUUAAUUAAUUAAUAAAUCAUGCUCUUUUAAGCUUGAAAUUUAUUCCUCAAGUAAAAUUACUCACCUAAAAUGUGGCAAUUGCUACAAACUCAAUCAAGCCACUUAAUUCGGCAAAGGUUGUUACCAGUAAAGAACAGUUGUUACUUUACCAACUUGUUAAAGGAAAAGCCGUCAAACGUCGUGAGACAUUAUUUUUCGGAAGCCAAAAAUGCGUCAGAAAAAAGUUCAAAGUCCGGUUUACUCUUGAUUUGUAGCCCCUGGAAACUGUGUACAGGCGUUAGUUUAGGUUUAGGAGCGAAGUUAUUGUUGAGUAAUGGACCUGUGUUGUGUAAGGCCCAGCAGAACUCCAGGAUAAUACAACGGAGGCCUAAUAUUAACGAUGAUAGUGCAAAGUUUGACUGGAGAAGAUUAUUUGAAUAUCUGCGGCCGCACAAAUGGUUGUUAGUGGGCGCUAUAGCUUCUGCGUUAGCGGUAGCUUUCCUGAAUGUGUACAUUCCAGCGAUGUUGGGGGUGAUCGUCAAUGUCCUGGCGAACAUGAAGAACAAUCCAACAGCGGACUUUUUAGAAGAGAUCAAAUUCCCUGCUAUCAAGCUCAUAUCACUUUACAUUGGACAGGCAGCAUUUACAUUCAUGUACAUCCAUUUAUUGGCACAAGUUGGCGAGCGGGUGGCUUCACAAAUGAAACAGGACCUGUUUGUCUCCAUCCUCAACCAGGAUAUGGCCUUCUUUGAUCAGGAGAGGACGGGAGAGCUUGUCAAUAGGUUAACGGUAGAUGUGCAAGACUUCAAAAGCUCAUUUAAACAGACGAUUUCUGGAGGAUUAAGAGCUUUAACUCAGGUGGUCGGCUCAGCGGUAAGCUUGCUCGUCAUAUCUCCACACCUGACGGGGCUGACCAUGGUGUGCGUGCCUUCGGUGGUCAUUGGAGGCACUUUCAUUGGAUCACUAUUGAGGAAACUCUCCAGGGAAGCACAGCAACAGAUAGAGAAAGCGACGCUAGUAGCGGAAGAAGCGAUAUCCAACAUGCGUACCGUGCGAGCAUUCGCGGGCGAAGAGAACGAAGCGCGAAUGUUCGCGCGCGAAUGCGACGCGGCAGCCGAGCUGAGUACAGAGCUGGGGCUGGGCGUAGGGCUGUUCCAAGCUGGCACCAAUUUGUUCCUGAACGGAAUGGUGCUAGCCACAAUGUUCCUCGGAGGUCACCUCAUGGCCAAUGGCCAGAUGUCUGCUGGUGACGUCAUGGCAUUUCUAGUCAACGCCCAAACUGUCCAGCGAUCCGUCGCACAGCUCUCCUUGCUGUUCGGUUCAGUCGUGAAGGGACUAAGCGCCGGUGGCCGCGUGUUUGAGUACAUCAACAAGGAGCCAAAAAUGGACACAUCGGGCACGAAAGUGAUUAAAUACCACGAGUUCCACGGUGAUAUCGAGUUUAAGGACGUCACAUUCGCUUACCCGACACGGCCUGAAGCGAUAGUUCUGAAGAAUUUCAAUUUGAAAAUACCAGCGGGAAAAACUAUAGCCAUCGUCGGUACUUCGGGCAACGGGAAAUCUACUAUAGCCGCUUUGUUAGAGAGAUUCUACGACGUAAACGAAGGCCAAGUCACCAUAGAUGAUAUAGACGUGAGGGAGAUGGAUGUCAAGUGGCUCCGCGGUCGAGCCCUGGGCCUGAUCAGCCAAGAGCCGGUGCUGUUCGCUACUAGUGUGAGGGAGAACAUCAGAUACGGCCGCCCGGAGGCCAGCGAUGAUGAGGUAUAUCGUGCGGCCAUGACAGCGAACGCUCACGAUUUCAUCCUCGGCUUCCCCGCUGGUUAUGACACGAUGGUGGGAGAGAGAGGCAUGGCGCUCAGCGGCGGGCAAAAGCAAAGGAUAGCGAUAGCGCGUGCUGUACUUAAGAACCCGCCUGUUAUAAUACUGGAUGAGGCGACUAGCGCACUAGACUCCGCGAGUGAGAAAGUAGUCCAAACAGCACUGGAGACGGCCGCUAAAGGCCGAACCGUGCUCGUGAUCGCUCACAGACUGUCAACUGUCAUGAACGCUGACGUCAUAGUCGUGUUGAAUCGAGGGAAGAUUGUCGAGAUGGGAACCCACGAUCAGCUGAAGAAGCAGAAAGGUUUCUACUGGAACCUGAUCAAACAGCAGGACCAAGACGCCGAAAGCAGAUCCUUAUGAGAACAAGCAUAAAAGCCUAAUAUACAUAUAAUACACCCUCCAGACUGACACUCUCGCGCUACAAAAAUACGGUAGUUUUACUCCAUUUUCGAGUCAAGUGUCUUUGUGUGACGCCCGUGUCUUUGAACGGACCAAUCACGGCACGGGACUCGCUCACCCCUUCCCCCGCACCUCAGUAUUUUUGGCAGCAUCGGUUUCAUGAAAUAAUUGCUCUAAACUCCGUCUAGAAGAUUGCUAGUCUAUAGCCUAAUAGCAAAAAGCAUCGCCAAAAAGCAUUAUCAUCAAGAGUGGACAACGCUACGAUUACGAUUCCUUUUUAAUCCACCAAAAAGGUCGUGAAAAAGACGCCAAGAAAGCUUCAGGUAAGGGUAACUUUCAUUACGGAAUAGUAGUGAUUUUUAAAUAAUUUUCGGGAUUAUCCGUUUUCGGAAAUUACCCGUCUGUUAUUUGAGUUGGUAGUCAGAAUUUUAGUUAAGUGUAAUUACUGUUUAUUUCUUACUGCCGCAGAUGGUGUAAUUUACCUUCAAUAAUUGCCAUUAACCUUGGUACUUAGGUUAGGAACGUGUUUGUUUCCAUGUAAAUAUUAUCAGGAUAUGAAGAAAAAUAUACAGAGGCGUUCCAAAAUUAUUGUAUGUAGAUUAUCACUUUUGAAAAGUUAAUACUUAUUCAAUAAUAUCACAUACAUAGUUAUGUUUACUUAGUUUUGUCCCUAAUUUAUUUAUUAUGUAUAAGUAAACCAAUUACCUAAGUAUAUUAAUACCACUUUUCGGCUGUGAAAGUAUUUAUUUGUAUGUUGCAUUUUGAUUUGUUUUUACUUUUGUACUAUAUGUUCAUUUCCACAGCCAAAGUUACUUUUUUUAUUACCUGGCUUAGAAUUUUGUUCUAUUUGACUUAAAUAUAUCGAGUUCAUUUAUAGACUUUUUGACCAGUUACUUUCUGCCACGCCAAGCAUACACUGUUGUCACUGUUACAGCCAUUUGGAAAACAUUUUUCAAUGUGUAAAUUAUUGAGUAGGAAUAUGCUAACAUACAUUUGAUAAGUCUUUUAAUAGCUGCCUUUUAGCUGUUAUUAUGCUUGAUGAAGCAGUGUUCUGAAAAUAAUAAGGGCCAGUUGCACCAACCACAUUUGACAGACUGAUCAACGUCAGCCCGAGCGCCUCGGCGCGCCACUAUGAAACUUUCCAUACAUAAAAAUUUAGCGAACUCUUUAACGAUACGAACAGUUUGGUGCGACCGACCCUAAAAGUUAGGAAACAUUCGUGACUACUUUGAAAAAAAAAACUCGUAUUUUGUUCUGUCAAUCAAAAGAAAAAUGUUGUAACUAUGUGUGGGAUGCAUACAUAGGUAGUUACUGCAUUUUAACUUUGAGAAGCAGUGCGCGAUACGAGUUUUUUUUAAAGUAGUGACGUAUUCUACUUACAAAUUAAAGACAAGCGGCGCUUAAAAAGGUAGUUUUUACGCAAAAAGGGUUGAGUACCACUAUCACAUUGUGUAGAUAUUAUUGCUCAGUUGUAGAUCUUCGGUUAUUGUAAUAAGGAUAUAUGGAUGUGGUUAUAUAAAGUACAUUAGGGGAGAGUAAUUUAUUAUUUAUUUGUGUAAUAUUAACUAUUUUGUGCGUGUUAGUGACUGGGUUUGUUGUGA